CUACUCCUGUGUGGUGUAUAAAAGCAGGCCGGAGAGGAGUAAUGAAUUAAAGCAGAUCAGAUGGAGAAAAUGUCAAAGGUUUCAGCUUUAGGUUUAACAUUAAUGAUGUUUUUCGUGGGUUUUAGUGUUGCUCCAGGGUCAAUCGUUAAUGGACAGGAGGAAGAGGUUGGGUUCUAUGAGAUUAAGAAAGGAGAUUUCUCCCUCAAAUUUACAAACUUCGGUGCAAAGAUCGUCUCCGUUAUCCUUCCUGAUAAAAACGGAAAGUUGACAGAUAUUGUUCUUGGGUAUGACACCAUUAAUGAGUACUUGAAUGACACAUCAAACUUCGGGGCCAUUGUUGGAAGGGUGGCCAAUAGGAUUGGUGGUGCAAAGUUCACUUUGAAUGGUACCCUCUACAAGCUUAUUCCUAACAGUGGCAACAACACUAUUCAUGGUGGUCCCAAAGGAUUUGGCAAACUUGCGUGGAAGGUUAAAGAGCACGUGCCCAAUGGUCCACGACCUCGCAUUACCUUCACCUACCACAGCCCUGAUGGUGAUCAAGGAUUCCCCGGGGAUGUUAUUGCCUCUGUAACCUAUGCUUUAAAGGAGCCUUACCAGUUGAUAAUAGCCAUGAGGGCAAAAGCUAUGAACAAGGCAACUCCAGUGAACCUUGCCCAGCAUACCUACUGGAACCUUGGAGGCCAUGACAGUGGGGAUAUUUUAUCCCAAAAGCUUCAAUUAUUUGCAUCUCAAAUCACCACUCUGGACGACAAGCAAAUUCCCACAGGAGAGAUUGCUCCAAUCAACAACACAGCCUACGAUUUCCUUAAACCUCGCGACAUUGGAACACAACUCAACAGACUCCCCGACCCUGCACCUGGAAAGGUGCGCGGUUUUGACAAUAACUAUGUUGUUGAUGGUGAUGGUAAGUGGAUGAAGAAAGUGGCGAUAGUGUACGAUGAGAAGUCCGGUAUAAGGAUGAUGCUGAAGGCGAAUUCGCCCGGGGUUCAGCUCUAUACAGCUAACAACUUGAAGGAUAAGAAGGGCAAAAGUGGAGCAGUGUACCAGUCUUAUGCUGCUGUGUGCUUGGAGACUCAGGGCUUCCCAGAUGCUGUGAAUCACCCUAAUUUCCCCUCCACUAUAGUUACUCCAACACACCCCUAUCAUCACUCCAUGUUCAUUACUUUCACAACAAACAAAGGAUUCUAGAACAUGUUAGUUGCUCGGUUCAACAGAUAAUACGAUGAUCAUUUGCAACUAUGUAAUAAUUCGGUACUGAAUUGUUGGGAAGA